AUGGCCCCAGCCCGGAGGGACUGCAGCGGCUGGGAGAUGCUCCUCCCGACGGGAUGCCUGCUCCUCUCUGUCUUGCUGUUUCACCCUGCCCUGGCCAAGGUGUGCAACGACCGCACCAAACACGGACAGGACAACAGCUGGUUCGCCAGGGACGGGGAACACUUGCCCAUCAUGGUCCUUAUGCCCAUGAACGAGUCGGCCCUGAUGAGCGGCAUCAGCCAGGGCAUCGAGCCGGCGGUCCAGCUGGCCAUCCAGCACAUACGGGAGUCCAGGAAGUACUCUUUCUCGCUCAUCACCAAAAUCUACGAUACCGAGUGUGAUAACGCCAAGGGGCUGAGGGCCUUCUUCGACGCCAUAUGCUACGGUCCCAAGCACCUCAUGAUCUUUGGCGGUGUCUGCCCCUCUGUGACCUCCAUCAUUGCGGAGUCUUUGGAGGGUUGGAAUCUGGUGCAGCUGUCGUUUGCAGCCACCACACCAGUUCUGGCCGACAAGAAGAAAUACCCCAACUUCUUCCGCACUGUCCCCUCAGACAACGCCGUGAACCCUGCCGUGGUGAAGUUCCUCAACUUCUACAACUGGACCCGCGUGGGGACGCUAACACAGGAUGUUCAGAGAUUCUCAGAGGUGAGGAACGACCUGACUAAUGAGCUGGAGAAGGGAAACAUUCAGAUCGCAGAUACGGAGAGUUUCUCCAACGACCCCUGUAUCAAUGUCAAGAAGCUCAAGGACAGUGAUGUGAGAAUCAUCAUUGGCCAGUUUGACGAGAACUUGGCCGCUAAAGUCUUCUGCUGUGCCUAUAACUUGAACAUGUUUGGAAGUAAAUACCAGUGGAUUAUCCCCGGCUGGUACCAGGGCAACUGGUGGGAGCAGGCCAACAGCACCAACUGCACCACCAAGAAGCUGCUCACAGCCAUGGAGGGAUACAUCAGCGUGGACUUUGAGCCGCUCAGCGCUCGGCAAAUCAAGGGCAUCUCGGACAGGACCCCUAAGGAGUACGAGAGGGAGUACAGCCGAGAGCUGCAGCAGAAAGGUGUGGAGGCCAGUAAGUUCCACGGCUUCGCCUACGACGGGAUCUGGGUCAUUGCAAGAACCUUCACUCGAGUGAUGGAGCUACUGCGGAUAAAGCAGCGGCAGAACACCUUCCACAACUUCACCGUCGACGACCGCGAAGUGGGAAAGCUGGUGCUGGACGUCAUGAACGAGACCAACUUCUUCGGUGUUACGGGUCAAGUCAUGUUUCGAAAUGGAGAGAGGAUGGGCACAAUAAAGUUCAACCAGUUUCAAGAGGGACACGAAGUGAAGGUGGGAGAGUACAAUGCAAUUGCUGAUGUGCUGGACCUCAUCAACAACUCCAUAAGGUUCCAAGGUGUGGAGCCUCCCAAGGAUCAAACAUUUGUGCGUCUGCAGCGUCGCCACAUCAACGUGCCACUGUACAGCAUCCUGUCCACCAUCACCAUACUGGGCAUGCUCAUGGCCGGGGCAUUCUUGUUCUUCAACAUCAAAAACCGCAACCACAGACUAAUCAAGAUGUCGAGUCCUUACAUGAACAACCUAAUCAUCCUCGGGGGUAUGCUUUCCUAUGCAUCCAUCUUCCUGUUUGGUCUGGAUGGAGGUUUUGUCUCUGACAAAGAGUUUGAGACGCUCUGCACUGUCCGGACAUGGAUCCUCAUUGUCGGAUACACCACAGCUUUUGGAGCCAUGUUUGCCAAGACCUGGAGGGUGCACGCCAUCUUCAAAAAUGUGAAGAUGAAGAAGAAGAUCAUAAAGGACCAAAAGUUGUUGAUUAUCGUUGGCGGGAUGCUGCUGAUCGACCUAUGCAUCCUCAUUUGCUGGCAGAUUGUGGACCCGCUCAAGAGGACUGUGGAAGAAUACAGCUUGGAGCCGGAUCCCGAAGGUCGAGACAUCUCCAUCCGUCCCUUCUUGGAGCACUGUGAGAACACCCACAUGACCAUUUGGCUGGGCAUCGUCUAUGCCUACAAGGGACUGCUAAUGCUGUUUGGCUGUUUCCUGGCCUGGGAGACCAGGAACGUGAGCAUCCCCGCCCUCAAUGACAGCAAAUACAUCGGGAUGAGCGUGUACAACGUGGGCAUCAUGUGCAUCAUCGGCGCCGCUGUGUCCUUUCUGACCCGAGACCAGCCCAACGUCCAGUUCUGCAUCGUAGCGCUGGUGAUCAUCUUCUGCAGCACGAUCACGCUCUGUCUGGUGUUUGUUCCCAAGUUUAUCAGCAUGAGAACCAACCCAGAUGCAGCCACCCAGAACCGGAGGUUAAAGUUCACCCAGAACCAGAAGAAGGAAGAUUCCAAGACCUCCACCUCGGUCACCAGCGUCAACCAGGCGAAUACUUCUCGACUGGACGGGCUUCAAACUGAUAACCACCGCCUGCGCAUGAAGAUAACAGAGUUGGACAAGGAGUUGGAGGAAGUGACCAUGCAGCUGCAGGACACCCCAGAGAAAACUCCUUACAUCAAACAGAACCAUUACCCUGACGCAAACAACAUCCUCAGCAUACGCAACUUCACAGAUGGUAAAGAUGGAGAGAAGUCGAUCCUGAAGAACCACCUGGAGCAGAAGCCUCAGGCGCAGUGGGGCUCCAUGGAUCCAUCCAGAAUAAACAGAGGUCCCCUGGAAGACAUCAACUCACCUGAACACAUACAACGUCGACUGUCCUUGCAACUUCCCAUCCUGCACCAUGCUUACUUGCCUUCCAUAGGAGGGGUUGAUGCCAGCUGCACAAGCCCCAGCGGCAGCCCUGGUUCCAGCCCACGGCACAGACACAUGCCCCCCUCCUACCGGGUGAUGGUCUCUGGCCUGUGAGCUUCACAUGCUCCUCCACUUGGCUCUUUGCAGAGGAGACAUAUAUGGUUCUUUUUUUCUACAACGAAUAGACUGAUAUCAUCAGCGUAUGUGCGUAUAUUUGUCUUGGAACAAGGAGGACAGGGGGAGAAGAGAGAGGGAGGGCAGAUGGGCCGAGUUCCACUCUUUGUACCUCUUCACCCCGGCCUCUUUUGAGAACUGAAACCCUCGGUCAGGAAGGGGUGGGAGGAGACAGGGUGGGCACUGGAUGACCCUAUCAAACUCCCACGACUCACAGCAGUGCCCCCUUGUUCAUCUGCUCCCCUCGACUUGGCAUAUACACACAUGCACAAUCAAACAGACACAAACAUCCACAAAAUAACACACACAUGCACGAACACACUGGCGCCCCAAUAGCAAGAGCAGCGGUGGACCAGCCCUGACCUGACGUGUAGCCUUAUCUGCUUCAGAGGGGAUUGUCCGUUUCUGUUCCUUAUCUGUUGUGUGUGUGCUCGCGGAUCCAUGCGAGCUCGUCAUCCAACUUGAGUAUUUCACAGCAUCUAUGGCUGGAUACCGCUGUGUUGAGAAGUGGAAUUUACAAAAACCCAACAAAGAAAAUCAUCCAAUUGACUUUCCCGUCCACUUCCCGACCUUGUGGAGACAUGUAAAUAUCAUUUCUGACUUUGAUGUACUGUAAGCUUUGUAUAUGCUGUGAAUGGACAAUUAAAUGGGUUCUAAGUGUGGAGUUUGUAACAGAGGCAGGCUGUCAUGACGAUUUCCAACGAAAGCUGAUAAACCAUGACAUCCUACAAAGAAUUAGAUGCGUGUGGAGGAGAUAUGAGUUUGUUUAUGUAACUGUUGAUAGAUUCUGAGCAGCAAAGUAAGACGCAUCAAAGCCUGUGAGUCACAGAACAUCAGAGACUCCGGGGGGGGCUGUUCCUCCAACUCGGAGUAAAACCCACAUGGCUCCUUUUUUCUUUUUCACUUUGCUAAAUUUGCACCGCUGGUUUUCUGCGUCAAAAAAUGUCACAUCAGACUUUGCAUAGGCUGUCCAUACUCACGUAAUAUGUCCUCAGAAAGCAUGUUAAACAGAAUACUGAUGCUUACGCCUUUCAACAGAAAAUAGAGCCGAGGCACCACGAGCGUGUUCCACAGUCGUCUGUGUGUUACGUGUCAAGAAAUACACACAUUCAGAUGUACCCUUAAAACGCAAGAGAGCACCUUAUGAAGUCCGCCUCUGUUCACCAGGGAAUUAGCGGCGGGCCCGGUCAUAUUGAUCCCCACAGUGUGGUCUCUACAGACUGUUAACACGUCGGAUCCCUCGCAGCUCACCAGCACAGGGAAGGUGAUGAGAUUCAUGUCGGUGAGAAAAAGGGCACAAGGAUCUGAAGAAACCAAACGUGAGCGGUUGUGGUGGAAAGGAUGUAGGUCAACCAGUUCCAAAGUGAGUGUGGAGGAAACGGUCGACCUGAAUUUUCCACAAGUGAAAGUGAAGACACGGGAGCCUGGUGUACUAAGCCCCGACCGGCUGAAGCUUUCACUCCCACAACAGUGAUGGCACCACUGCUGGUCCCAGUGACAGAGCAUAAAGCACAGACACAGGGCUUUACACGUAAUACACGUAAUAUUGAGUGUCACGAAAAAUCACUGCACACUUAGCAACAGUGAACAUACCUCAGUUGCUAUGGAAAUGUAAUUCAGUGCCGCUGCUCUGAGCGAAACAGUCAUCAACACAGUGUUGUCUUUUCUUUCUUUUCUUUUUUUGUAAAGCUGUCCUCGUGCAGGAGAAAAACACAAACGGACUCCGGACAACGAGAAAAGACUUUUUAUCGAGCGGAGAAGGUUUGUUCUCAGCAUACGUUUCACCAUCGGUGUCUUGGUUUUUAGUUUUGAAGGCGUUUGUUGAGCGCUGUGCCUGUUGUCUUAUAUUGUAGCCUGCAGGACCCACAAUACAUAACAGGGUGAUAAUGGCGCUGACCCAGCAAACUACAGCCUCGGCCACACAUCUGUAAAUUGUUUGUGUCAUAGAUUUAUUUGAAUUCAAUGCCUCAAUGCAUGGGACAGAACUUGGUGACCGCUCCCCUCGAGCUGGGGGGGGGGCCUCCUCUCCGUGCUGGUGUCUGAUCAGGAACACUGAGUCCGUCCUCAGCCAGUGGAGGACACAGGCUCGGGGGACACGCUAGCAGAGAUCCAGCUGCUAUCCAACACAUCUGGGCUGACCCGCUGUGACGGCUCCUCCCCCUUCCAGCCCCUGCUGGGCACAGGAGCUGGGAAACCCCGAGCACACGCCUCCGAGGAGACUCGACUCGUCCCGCACCUUUGCCAACUAGAGAAUCACGGUCACUUGACGAGUGAGUGAGAGACAUUGUCGACGGGUUGGUUCUUCCUUCCAGAGGAGAAACCAGCCGCACAUUUUAUAUAGUACAUUAUAUGUGAUUGUGUACAAUUUGCUGAUACCCUGAUGAUGGUGUCCAUGUAUGGAAUAGUUGGUAUUUGGCUUUCUCAAGACGGCAUGAAAUAAAAUGUAUAAUUCACAGAGUUACCUCUGUUUUUGCAACUGUCACGACGAAUCCACCCGGUUGUUUUCAUCACGUUUCUUUCCUCGUGGAUUUCAGUUCUUUUAUUUCGAUCAGCUCACACACGUCGAAGCCAAGUGUCUCAGUGACGAACUCCACUUCAUCAUAUCAGCUACUUGUAAUAUCUACUCGUUCAGCAGCUGUUCACUGAGGGCAAUAAAGUGAAGGUAGUAGCAAACGAUCAAUCUUAAUUAGCAACUUCUGGAAUUUACAAAAUCACCCAAUUCUUUUUUUUUUUUUAGUCCAUCCAAAUUUCUAAACGCAGAUCAUCAGGUAUUGUUCGAGUUUUUAAACUGCACCCUGAUACUUUUUUUUUCCUCUAUUAUAUUUGUGUCAAUAUUGUUUUUCAACAAGGAGGACAAAUUGUUCCAAUGCAUCUGUGGGGGGUGAAGGGCUCCUAGUUUCCUGUAAUGACAUCGUGCUGACGGUUUGUGUUUCCCACAGGAUCUUCUUACCUUCUCAGUCUGAAGACCACAGUGACAUGUACGUGUAGAGUUAUAUGUUUGUAUGCAUCGUCAUCAGGGUUUUCUGGAGAACACGGAACAUACAUGUCCAAAAAAUAUAACAAUAUGACGUAUAUACUAAGUGGAGAAACACACAGGUUCAUGCUGUUGCUGUUUUGUCAGUUCCAUAUGUGGUACCACAUGGCGUUCAGUUCAAUUAGGAGUUUCAAACAGUAAAUAAAAAACCUAUGUUAAAUGCAACGUGUUCAAGAGGGGCAAUAACUUGUUAUCUUAUACAGAAAGAAUAGAGAAAUAUAUAUAUAUAUAUAUGUAUAUGUAAAAAUCUUUACGUACAUUCUCAUUUUUACAUAGGAAAAAUUUCUCACAGACGCCACAAGAAAACUUGGAAGUCAUUGUUUUUGAUUUACAGUAUCUGUAACUAUGUUAUGUACAGAUGAGGUAUAGAUAUGAAAAAGUUGUGUAAAAUAAAUAUAACACAUGGGACACCUGAACAUUCUUU